CUUCGCCGUAUUCGCCGCAUUCGUCGCAUUCGCAAGGAGUCGUAAAAUCUGUCGCGAUAUAGUUUUCCGCAACAAUAUUUGUGAGAAAAACCCGUGAGAUUGAAUGUUUGGGAGUGGCGUCUUGUUCAACAAACCCCAAGGAAUGUGCAGUGUGUGCUGAAGUGGAGGUAGCGUGUGCGUGAACAGUGAAAAUAGUGAAUGAAAAAUUCGUGAAGAAAAAGUGACAUAAAGUGUGUUGUUUUUUUUUCCUUUUCCACCCUUUUUCCAUCCACAAUUGGCCAAUUUGUUGCAUUUAUUUUGGAUGUUUGGACGGGAAAAGCGUGAGGAAAUUGGCCAGAAAGUAUUGGGGAGUGUGGAAAGGGCACGUGAGGGCAUAAAAUUGGGCUGUUGGUGCGACCAGCGGUGCUGAAAGAGCAAGUCUCCGACAAAGUUGAUAUAUUGGGUGGGUUCUCUCGCCCAUUUGUCAUCGCACAGCUCCACUUCUUCUAAACGAGAGAAGGUCCCCUUCCCGGCGAAAGUGUGUGCAGAAAAGUGCCCGGAAGGGCAUCGAGGAUUGCCACUCGGUGGGAGAUUCCACUACCAACGGACAGGAGGAGGUGUGAGGUGAUUUUCCGGAACGGACGGCGCCCCGCGGAGGAGGACAGAGAAGGCCAAGAUGACGGAAUACAAAUUGGUGGUUGUGGGAGCUGGUGGCGUUGGCAAAUCCGCCCUCACCAUUCAAUUGAUACAGAAUCACUUUGUGGACGAGUACGAUCCCACCAUUGAGGACUCCUACAGGAAGCAAGUAGUCAUCGAUGGUGAGACUUGCCUAUUGGAUAUCUUGGAUACAGCUGGGCAAGAGGAGUACUCCGCAAUGAGGGAUCAGUACAUGCGAACAGGAGAGGGAUUCCUUCUUGUGUUUGCAGUCAACAGUGCCAAAAGUUUCGAAGAUAUAGGAACAUAUCGUGAGCAAAUAAAGCGUGUAAAGGAUGCAGAAGAAGUGCCGAUGGUUUUGGUGGGGAACAAAUGUGAUUUGCAAGCAUGGGCCGUUGAUAUGAGCCAAGCGAGAGAUGUGGCCAAGCAGUACGGAAUUCCCUUCGUAGAGACGUCAGCAAAGACAAGGAUGGGUGUUGACGAUGCAUUUUACACGCUCGUCCGUGAGAUUCGUAAGGAUAAGGAGCAACGGAAGAAGAAGAGCAAAAAUCCCAAAAAUGGAUCUCACCGUCGUUUCAAGUGUGUCCUGCUUUAAUUUCUCUUUUCUUUUUUUUUUACAAGACAAAAAACAGAAAACAAUUUUACCCUCCACUCUUGCGCCUAGUUCACAGAAAAAAAGAAAAAAAAGUCUUUUUCUCUUUGUCGUGUAAUGUCUUUUUUUUUAAUUUUUAAUUUUUGAGCCAACUGUUUUAUUUUUAAUAUUGUUUUUGUAGUAAAUAUACAUAGAUAUUAUAUUUUCUUCUCUUGAUGAUUAAUUUGUGUGUGAGAAAAAUAUUCAUUUUUCAGACAAUUUUGUGUGUCCAUGUGUGCGUGGAGAACACAAAGUGGAGAAAAAAUAGAAUACUACAUUGUUUAGAAUGUGAGAAAAGUACGAGGGAAAAAAAUUGUGUUUAGUUCGUGUCGUGAGCUAUAUAAAUUUUCUUCAAAAUGUAAACACGACGGGGAAGAACAUACAAAGGCUGGGCACACGCUGAGCAAAAAAAAAAAGGAAAGCACACACAUUUUUUGAAAUCCAAUUACAAUUCAUCGACUUUUUGGAAGAAAAAGAAAAAUUUGACUUUAAAAAAAAGAGAGAACUUGUAUAGCUAUAUUAAUCAUUUUAAAUUAUAGAAUUAGGGAGCAUUUAAAGGAAGAAAAAAUGAAGAAAAGGUGGAGAAGGAGCAAAAAAAAAUAGCGGAUCAAUUUGUCAAAUUGUGUAAUAAAAUAAGUUUAAAGUAUUUUAAUUGUCCAACGAGUAGAUUUUAUGAUUAAACAAUAAGAGGGAAAAUUAAAGAGAGAGAUAUUUGGUUUUUCGGGGAAAGAAUAAACUGUGAGAGGGUGAUGAUUAGGAGGCAAGAUUAUAACUUGUGUAUAAAGUAUUACGAGGCAGUGAGGACAAGGAGAUGGAGAGAGAGAGAGGGAUGUGUGGAGAAAGAAGUGGAAGAUGUGGAAGAAACUGUGGGUGAGUUAGGAAAGUUUAAUUAAAUAUGCCCCCGCGCGUACCCCCCGCCCCAUAUUUUCCUUUCGAAUCAAACAGAGAAAAUACUUCUCUGUGAAAUGAAUAGUUUAUGUGAAUAUGGAUUAGCAAGAUUAGCAAGCAGCAAAUCCCAAAAUUUCAUCUCAUGUUGACUUUUCUUUCUUUCUUCUAUAUCUUAUUUUUUACAAAAAAAAUCCCAAUGUGUGGUAUUUUAGUGAAAUUAAAAAAUAAAUAAAAAGAACGUGAGACAUUUUUAAUUAAAUGCUAAUUACAGUGGGAGAAAAAAAUAUAUAUAAACUGCAAAGAUAAAAAUUAAAUAUAGCAUGGAUGGAACAGUAUAAAGCGAAAGAACGGUAAGUAAAACUUACGGGCUGUGAUUCUUUCUUUGUCAGUGAAAUGUGAAAUUGACGGAAAAUUGAGGAUGGGCAAAUUUUGAGGAAGGCUUUCUCGCGCACCGAAUCACAGCCAACGCGCAGAUAAUUUGUGAGAAGCCUUAAUCGUGGGCGUUGGCUGUGAUUCGGUACGCGAGAAAGCCUUCCUCAAAAUUUGCCCAUCCUCAAUUUUCCGUCAAUUUCACAUUUCACUGACAAAGAAAGAAUCACAGCCCGUAAGUUUUACUUACCGUUCUUUCGCUUUAUACUGUUCCAUCCAUGCUAUAUUUAAUUUUUAUCUUUCCAUUUUUAUAUGUAUAUAUAUAAUGUAUAUAUCUAUGCAUUUAUAUAUAUAUUUUAUUUUAUUUUAUAUGUGUAUAUAUAAAACGCCCCGCUUCGCGGGGCGUUGGACUUAUGCAACUCAAGAUAUGACAUGUAAACCUUAAAACGCGAUAUCUCCGGAACGGCUACAUAGAUUUUCUUCAUUUUUGGCAUGGUGAUAGAUAUUAUAGUCAACUAUAACAUAUCAAAAUAUGAAGCAAUUCUAUAAAGCGGUGCUCGAGAUAUUCAUCGAAAACUCAUCGAAAAUUUUGUUUUCGAUUUUAGCGCCACUUGCGGACAUUUUUUGAACUUGCGAUGUUCCGAGCAGUUGUAGGGCUCGUUAAUAUCUUUCAUUUGAGCCCGAGUUGAUCAAAAUUGGUCAAGCCGUUCUCGAGUUAUGGCCGAUUUUCGAUGAAAAAUUGUGGCGGCCAUAUUGACUAAACGGCUUGGCCGAUUUUCAAAAAUGAGGUAUCGUUGGAAAGGUCUUGAUGACCCCUACAACAUAUCAAAAUUUCAGACCUCUAGCUAUAAUAGCGGCUGAGAUAUAGCGAAAACAAAAUUUUGAGGUUAUUCAAAAUGGCGGCCGGGGGGGUGGGAGGUUGGAUUUGACCUCAUAAUCGGAUGUCUUCCACCCGAUAUAUGAACUUUGCCGUUGACCGCAAGUCUCUAUCUAUUGCCGUUCUCUUGUAAUUUAGCAAAAGGUUCCGGACGGACGGCCGGACGGCCGGCCGGACCAAUUUUUGGCGCAUACGUUUUUUGGAAUGUGGGGACCCUAAUUCGUGCUCAUCCCAAGUUUGAGCCCGAUCUGACGACUUUGCAUUUUGGAGUGUACACAGAAGCUGUGCUUCUUUUAAGAAAGAAUCACAGCUAAUAUCGCUCAAAAUGAGUGAAUUUUCACGGGAGAAAAAAAAACGACAGAGAUGAAAGAGAAAAAAAAUUGUGGGUGAGAGGCAAAAGUUUAAAACAAUAUUUAAUAUUGAAAUUUUUGCCAAACAAUCUCGCGCAGUUUUUACACAACAGAAGCGAUGAUUCAUUCGCGUGCGAGAGAGCAAAGAUGGGAAAUGCUAAUUAGAAUCAGCAAGAAGCUGACUGAGAGAGAAAUUUUUUCACACUUUCACUAUUGAUAGGAGAUAAAAAAUAAAUAAAAUUUGUAAAAUUCCCCUUCUUUAUAGUAAAAAGAAUUUGUGGAUUUUUGUCCACAAAUCCAUGGAAAUAGGCGUGAGGAGAUCCAAGAAUUUUCAUUCUAUAAAUGUUAGUUCUUGUUUAAAAAAAAAAGUUUUAAUUUAUUAAUUUUUCCUUUAAUGAAAAUUUCUUUUAAAUAUUUUUUUAAUUAGAAGUUGAUUUCAUUUUUUUUUGGUAAAUUUUAUAGAAAUUAUGAAGACUAGACUCUUUUUUUUUUAUUCUAGUUUAAUACUUUAAAAAUUUAGAUUUUUUUAUAUCAUAGAAAAUUCCUAAAAUAUCGGAGAUUUAACAUUUAUUUUUGAGAGUGAAAAUUUUUGGAUUUCCUUAAAUAAUUUAUUACACAAUCUUUUCCUCAAAGGCCAGAACAGAUGGAUAGAAUAUUUGCAGAGAAACUGCCAGAAUUAAUAAUUAGAAAUUAUUUUUUAACCAAAAUUGUUUUUUUAUUUCUUGAAAUUCUUUUAAGAAUUGAUUUAGAAUUAAAUCUAUAUUUUUUUUAGCAAUAUUUUUACAUUUAAUCUUGAAGCAAUUGCAAGAAAUAUCCCUUUUUAUUAAUUAUUUUCGAAGAUUCCUUUAUAAAAAGGAGUCGACUCACUUUUGUACAUGGCAUAACAUCACUUGCAAAUAUCAGUUAAAAUAAUGAAAAACCUCUAAAUCUGAUAAAUUUGGUCUUGAACGUUUUUUCGACGCUCUAAAAGAUUUUUUGUUAGUCUAUGCUAGGUGAAAGAAAAUUCCUGAAAGUACUAUGAUGUUUUUCAUUUUCUAAUGAGAUCACGACGACACAAAAGUGAGUAGAGUCCUUUCAAUACAAGAUAAAAUAUCUUUUUCAAAGAAAACUCUUCAAAUAUUUUGUUCAUCUGUUCCUCACUAAAUAAAAUUAUAAAAGUUAAAUGAAAAAAAAUGUAUAAGCUAUUUAAAGUGCCAGAAGAUUUGAAAAUUAGUUAAGAAUUCUUAAAUUGUAAGACAUUGACGAGAAAUAUUCCGCAGGAAAUGGAGAAAUUGUAUAAGGAAAAAAAAGAAUUAAGAAAAGAAUGUUAUCAAGACAUUAUAAAUUUAAUAAAAAAGAAAAUGAUAAUUGAGAAAAAAUAUGUGGAAGAAUUAAAAUAGGUUUAAUAAAAUUUAAGAAAUUAAAAAAAAAUCUGGAGAAUCGAAGCUGAUGAUGAAUGAUUAUGAAAAAAAAAUAUUAAAAAAAGUAGAGUAAUAUUUUUAUUAAAUAAAAGAAAAUAAUUACAAGGAUUAUAUAGAAUUAUUAACUAAACAAAGUUAAUCUUUUCAAUUUCUUCAUACACAUAAUAUUUUAAAUGAAAAAGAAAAACUUUCACGCACAGAGAGAGGGUUUAAUUUCAUUUUAAUUCUCUCCUCGAGAGCCAUCAACUUUUAAUGCUCCUUGUUGUACAUAAAAGCAAGCAACAUAGGCACAAGAAAUGCUGCAUAAAGUGAAAGAAAAUAAAUUAAAAUAAUUGCACAAGAAAAAAUGCUUAAAAAAAGCUUGUGAAGGAGUCUAUUUGCUAAAGCGUCUGUCUAAGCGCAAUUUAAUCAGGUGAGGAAGUGCAGCAAAAUUAUUGACGUGGAUGAAAAGGAUAUCCAUUCACUUUUUUUGCUGAAUUUCCUUAUUAAAUUAUGCCAGAUUUUAUAUUUUCCCACAGCGAUUUUGCAGCAAAUUACAGAGAUUUCUGAAACAGAAUUGUGAAAAGCAUAAUUAAAAAAAAAUACUAUGGAUAGUUUAUGUUUUACGAUAUAUAUAUAUUUGUAUAAUGAUAUUAAUCGUUGUAAUGCAAAUAUUAUAAAAAAGUGAAUAAAAUGAUAAAUUUCUAAUCAAGAAAA